UUUCACCUUAUUUCAUUGCAUAUAGAAGUGGUUAAGAUAAAAGGUCAAAUUUAAUAUGCACAACUGUAUCCAUGUUCUUUUUAAAUCUUUGCUAAAAGACUUUUAGAACAAGUAUCAUUAUUUUUUUGUACUUUAUUUUUCGAACUUUUCUUAAUUUGAAUUCUUAAUUGAAGCUCAUAUUGCUUGCUUUUUAUAUCCUUAAAAAUUUAUACGUAUGCUUGUAAAUCCUUUUCUGCAAGCAGCAUGACAGUAAAGUAAAUACAAGAAAGACACUUUAGCAGAACAAUAUGCUUUGAGUGUUCGUGCGUAGUACAUUUAUCAAAGAGAACAGGUGAUUUUGUGCAAAUACUUGUAUUUUAGCGAUAGCUUUUUCAAUCUUUUGUCGCAAAACAGUUUCAGAUGAUAUUCCAUUGUUGCAUAAUAUGAAUUACAAGAAUUUAUAUCUGUUCUCUGAAUUUACGCACUUAGAUUUAAAUAAUCUGGGAGUUUUUUUUACAAAUUAUAUCAUCAAUGGCAACAGUAAACAUGGCAAUCAUGUAGUUAAAGAAGUAUUUUUCAGCAUGAUAGACACUCAUACGUAAUAAAUCGAUACCAUGGUAAAAGGUUAAUGACAUAUGAUAGCUAUAUCUAAUUAUGCAACGUCUGUUGAAAUUUAAUAUCAUUGAGAUAUGCAAUAUAACUUACUAUCGACUAAUUCUACAAAUUGGACACCGCAGAAUUGUACAAGUCAAAGUCAGAACUAAUCUUAGCACGCAAACCUAAGUAAAAAUUGACUCGAUUAAUACAUUUAAAUCAGACUAAUUAUAUGAAUGAUAUAAUUGAUAAUUAAGAUUUUGAUAAACCGCAGAAGUUAACCUAGCAAAUCCACACCCACAAUUUUAGUCAAUAAGUUCUCAUCACAUAACGCAAACUAUUUUCUCGAGGGUGCUUCUGUGAAACUUCACGGCCCUGGUCACGAACUAGCAGUCGAAGGUCGAGUAGUAUAGUGGUAGAUGGUAACGACGUGAAACGUGACGCAUAUAGUAACAGUGUACGUCGAGGGGGAUGUACUGGUAUGUGGAGUGUAGAGAAUCGACGUCGGGAACCAGCACAAGGUGGCUGACUUCGUCGAAGCGACGCGACGUCAGGGUGGAUUCACGGGGUGGUUGGUAGUCGCGUGCUCUCAUCGUCAGGUGAACAACUUUUGUAUGGAUAUAAUCGGUUUACCAAAUAUUUUUCCGAGUUACUGUUACCCGUAUCGGGAUCUAGCCACGUCUCUGUGACACGCAAAACUUCUGCAUCGUCUUAUCACAAGUAGUAUAUUUCUUCUUCAAUAAUGAAGGAAUUUCUUUCCCCUUCUUUGUGGAGGAACUUGUCGCUACGUAAUCUUAUGCAGAAUGUAUUAUUCAAAGCAUAACUGCUCACGUAUGUAGCACGUGUUCCCUUACACGCGAUGCUCGUGAUUUGUUCGUCCUUUUAUUAAGAGGAAGACACCGGGACCGAGAUGGCGCAGGAUAUCCCGGAGGCGAUGUACGUACCGGAAGUGGAGGAGGAUGCGAGAAAGGAACGAGAACGGCGGGCUGUUGAAGAGGGAACGGCCUCGUGGAGACGACGAAAGGAGGAGUUGCAACGUCAAAAGCACCGUGAACAGCGAGAACUCCGGCAAAUCUUGGAGAAUUAUUCGCCUUGGGGUAAACCUGGUGGCGGUGCUCCUUGUGCUGCAACCCUUAGAAAGAAAAACGUUCCUCUAGAACCCCCGGAAUUAUCAAAGUGUCAUAAUUUCAGCCAGGGCUGGACGAGCAAUUCGACCAUCGAAAGGCUACACAGAAGGAGUAUUAAUCCUUUGCCCGUCACGAAUAUGAACAAGUUCUUUGAUGAUAAAGCAGAACCAGGUAUCGCUACGGAUAUGCAGCUAAUAGAGGAUUCAAAAAAUCCCUACAACGAGGAAGUUCAGGUGUACGAAUUGACCGGGGGUGUGGAAUUGGUCCCUCUCUUAACUAGCAGACGAUAUUGCUCGAAAUCGCAAUCGCAAAACAAUCGUCACGUUGCGACCGAUGCCACUCGACCUGGGUACACGAUAGACCCAUUACGAUCGUUGGAGGUUGAGAAUCGCGAAUACAUCGCCGAACUCGCCGAGCAAGUGCAACAAAAACGAGAAAAGGCAUUGGAGGAACAAAAGAUUGAGUUGGAAAGCUGUCGAAGACAUUUCGAUACCUGGAGAAAGUUGUGGGGUCGACCGGGUCACGGUGCACCCAUAGAUCACGCCCAUCGUAACAAUCUCUACAACAUUCUCUACCAUCCAGCUAUCUAUUGAAUUCCUACUUGCUGCACUGUGCAAAAUCAGAACUGCAUCUUCCACUUUCUUUUCGUGCAAUGGAGGAACUUGUACGAAAUCUCUUUAUGUUACGAGAAGAAUUGCUACAGGGCGAGCAACUAUAAAAGAUAAUAGGUUCGCGAUUCUACAAUACAAUACGACGAUAGAACGACGAAGUUGUAGGUUUCCUAGGAGAAUAGAUCUAGGAAGAAUGGAAUUUAGUAAGUCUUCGAGUUGAUAGAGAAAUGAUGGGUUGUUAUGAAAUAGUUUGAAGCUGUUUGCAGUGAAACAAGAAGAGAAUGAAUCGAAAGUUGUGGAUCAGCGUAACACGAUGUAACUUAAUAGGUGGAAGUAUGGAAAUGAUGAUAAUGUGUAUGAUAAUACGCGAAGCAGUGUAUACUGCGAAAUUAAUUAGAGAUUUUGUAGAAUGGAGAAUGGACCGCGGGGAAUGUAGAAUUAGUUAACAAGAUUUUAAUUGUGCUUUCGAGUUUCACACAGAUUCACGUUUUUAUUAUUUGUCGCCGUAUCUCGUUAUUUUGAAAAGAAAAAAGAAACAACAAAAAAACAGCAGAAACAGCGUGUUUUAAUAUUUUACAUGCGUAUUAGGCACACGUCACCAUAAAUGUAUAUCGAACUAACUCGAAUUAGCUAUGUUUGCACACGUACGGGAGACGUUCUAUUUUGAGUUGUUUUUUAAAUAUUUCGUCUGUCCAUAGAAAUAUGGAAGAGAAAUCAGUACGAGUGGUUUUCGCAAGGUAAUACAUGUCGAAUCGAGUGAGAAGAGAUGUCGGGUGAGCUAUUAAAUUUUAUGAAAGCUCUCCAAGAGCGGGAGACGUUUGAUAAGGUAGAAACGUGCUACGAUUGACCACAUUUCAAAGGAGCAAUCUCGAGAGAACGUGACUACCCUUCAAGCCGAUGAUUUUUAAAUUUCAUGAAAGCCAAAGAAUUUGGAUCUAUUCGUAUGCGUGUGUUUGGUGCGUGUAAACGUGUUGAAUGAUCCAGGGAUUCCAACUUCGAAGAUAGUCAAAAGAAAUGAAUCGCUACUGUCGAUACAGCUGUCCUCGAAAACCUUUAUUGGUUGCUUCGGUUCACGAGCAUCAAAGGACGAAAGCUAACGGGUGGGAGGAGAGAGGAAAGAGAAACAGCCGGGCUUAUAAAACAGUUUGCAAUAUCACAUGCCAUGCUAAAUGGUUGUGCGUUUGAACACGGCGUUCAAAGAUCUCCAGUGUUCUAUAAUAUUUCAGGAAAAUACUCGAUAGAGGUUCAACCUGAAAUGCUCUCGUUACUUGUGUUGCAUUGAAAUUAAACGAAAUUGCAUUUAAACGAUCUGGGAUACAUAAAUACAGAUAUGAUUAAAAAACAAAUUUUCGCUUUAUUUUACAAACAAGAUAUAAAGUGGGAGAAGUAAUAUCGUAUAAAGUGUACCUUUCACAUCCUGCAAGUUCCAUAUCUGUUUCCUUGUUCCUGUAAAGAUGAUUUCUUCCUAUUUGAAUAUUUAUUGGUAAGAUAUUGCACAUUGCUCAAACGAAAAUAGUUUAAUACAAAAUAUAUGAAAACUAUUUCUUCGUUAGAAACACUGAUUGUUAUUAAUGAAAGCACAUGUAAAGUAUAACGAACCUAACUAACAGUAAGAGAGUUAUUCAAUCCUCGAGCAAACGUCUGCAGGUUUCUCUAUCGAACAUCGGCUCAAUAAUACAUUAAUUAGUGGCCAAUCUGAGAAAAAGGACAAAAUCCGCUCGAUUCUACUGGACGUCUCGAAUUUAAUUUGGAUGUUGUUCCGACAGCGCGGUGUGCAGUUUCUAUUCCUAAACGCGUACCUUUGUUCCGCCGCCGGGCAUAGAACGCUAGUUUCAUCCUUUCCAGGGUACGUUUUCCUCCCCCUAGAAAGCCACGGAAUCCAGCGCUGUCGCGCAUCUCUCUGGUUACGAUCUCUCCGUCCGAGCCGCAGCCACCGCCGGCCGAAAGCUACGCUUUCCCCAUUGUCUGACUAUUGUAUUCCGUUACCACUGUGUGUCCGUUCGUUUGUAUAAGAGUGAUUCAUUUUCCGCGAAAUAUCAGUUCCUGCGCCGCAUGAAUUGCAACUCGCACGGCCGCGUAAAACCGCCGCGCAUUGCAAACCCUUCCUCCCUUCAACACAUCCACCCCUGUAUUCCACCCUUUUCCUCUCGUUGUCCUCCUCUUCUAUAUCGUUUAUUCAUUUCUAUCUCUUUUCGUAGAGAGCGCGCAUUGUCGCGAAAUUGGGUCGGUCGCUUGCCUGAAAUGAGAUACGCGACCAGUGUCGGUGUCGGUGAAAAUUGGUCAUUGCUAUCUCGUUUUCUCCUACAUUUCCCCCUCUCCCUUUUUUGUACCCUCUUUCUUUCGCGUCCCUGUUUGACGCGUAUUUAGGGAGCGACACAGAAUGGAAAAACAUCGCCCUUCCUUCCGGUUAGUUGUUCGUGGAAGACUCUUUAAUUUCCGGCUGAACAUUCGAGGAGAGCCGAAUCGCAACCACGGAUCGCGUAUCCCAAAUGUACUUGGCAUUGUACCCUUAAACAGGGAUUGCAAAGCUACCGUAUGA